GCACGCAGCAGUACGCGCGACGGCCCGACCGCGGAAAAGCCCAUCAUCCCGACGAUAGUCCGGCCGCGCCGGAAAAGCGCGUUUCCCGAUAGUCGCAGUCGGCACAGUACCCACCGCGGUGGCCAACUUUUCCGUCGUCUGGUCGUACGCCGCCGAWCAACGCGACCGCGUAACAAUAACAAUUAAAAUAUUAAAACAAUAUUAUAUAGUCACCACCGUCGCACUGGACUUUGUGCGUAUAAUCUUGUCAUCGCCGUAGGUGGUCGCACGAGACUGCGGAGCGAUAGACGGCAACAAUUAUAGCACCAUAACAAUAUUGUUAUCGGUUUUUGAUCGAUUUUUCGAAUUUUUUCCCGCAUCGAAAAUCCAAUUUCGAAGUUUGACGAAAAUAUAUUUCUCAUACGGAGACGAGACCGCGGUGCGGCCGCUCUCAUAGUACGUCUGGAGAUGAAGGAUUCCGAUGACUGUUGCGGGACCACAGUUUUCGGCUGUUUUCCGGGAGCGAGGCGCAAAAAUAAACAGUCAAAGGCGAAAUCGCCGGCGCCGGUACAACAGCACUUGCAGGGGGACAGCCCGGGCGGCUCUGUGCAGGCGUUCUACCGGCAAAACCGUGGAAAGUCGUGCCGGAAAAUCAUGCGGUUCAACGGAUAUCCGAACAAAGUUCUUCUUUAUCCAGAAGAAGGAUGGGCAAGAAGUGCAGUUUCGAGUUAUUGGACCCUUACGCCAACUUGGUGGAACCGUAGCAAAUGUAAAGUCGUAGAAGUCACAGGAACUAGGAAGUAUACAACAUUGGCUAAAAUGGUAGACACCGAUACGGGCAACCUUUUCAUCGUCGGUUCAUUUAAUAAACGUACUGAUCCAGAUUUUAAAUUAUGCCUWACGUCCAAUGUGAGCACAGCUGACUUCAAUAUGGGCUACAGUAUCACUGGUUCUUUGGAGUGUGGAUCCACGAAAAAUAACAGCUUUCAAACAACACAUUUUGCAGUUAUUCGGAGAAGAGACUUUGAUAYAAAUCGGCCGUAGCAAUAAAAAAUAACUUGAAAAAAAAGGAUUGUUCCGACCAAUAGACGCACAYCAUAGACUAUUCGCUGAAUUAUAUGUAUUUAAUUCUAAACAAUUACAAAUAUAAUAUUAUAAUAUGUUAAGWGGAGCGCACUGUUUGUUUUCAAUCUMUGGCUCAUACUUAAAAUAGACAAAACAAAUUUACACAGAAUCUUUUUUUUUAAUGUAUUUAAGUAAUCUUAAAGUUAAAUYAUCUAUUACCAAAACAAUAGAGGACAAUAUUUUAGAGGGCGUGAGAUAUYGAUGCGUCUAAAUAUUUUAUCAAUACCAUUUGAACAUCAUUUAAAUUUACAAAAAAAUAUUUUUUAUUUUGUAAAUCGA